GCGGGACACCAUUCGUCAAACUUUUAUGACCCCCUCCCCCACCCGUUGACAGGUCGUUUUUAUGACCCCUUUGACAGGGGGGCGGGACCAUCAAUCAAAAUCUGUACAAGUUGUCAACUUUAGACAGAAAGUAUUUAAUGGCUUUAUUGCCGGUCAUUUAGAGUGAUUGUUUUUCCUGAGUGUGUUUUAUGUCAGGCGUAUGGUGUCAUUAAACAUGACAGGUUGUGUUUGUGACAUUUGCUGUCUAUCACCCCUCCCUUUUCGACCCGUGCGAGUCUCACCACUGCGUGUCACACCGCGGGUGUGUUGUUGAAUCUACAGUUUUGCAACAUUAAAAGUUUAUUUUAAGGCAAUCACUAAUCAUAUAUAUAUAUAUAUAUAUAUAUAUAUAUAUAUGUGAUUAGGUGUAACUGGUUAAACUUAAAGCCGAUAUUUUCUAUCGAACUAGUCUAUUUUCUGUUCAGACACAAAGUUUUCUGAUGGUGAUAUUAUGUCAGUGUGUGUUUGUGUGGGGGUUGUGUGCUGUAAUCUUUGAAAGUUUUAUGACCGAACCUUUAUUGGGGAGCGACAAGAGAUCUCCGGCAUCAGUUUGGAUGGAGCAGAGCUGUUAUACUCAAGUCUAUUGCGAACUUGUCUAAGCUGGUAUUUACUAUUCCUGCUAAAUCGCGGAGAAGAGUGGAAUGAACAAAAAGUCAGACCGUGACUAGAACCACCAGCAGCGUAACAAGGAAAUCUUGGAGCAAAGAGACGCCGAGUGGCUCGUUGUCCGGUUUGGAUAUCAGCGGCAAAGCGAACGUUGCGUGUACUAUUGCAAAAUAUAUAGCGGAUCUCCACGACUAGGAUACAGACCACAACACUUUGGACGUAUCUUUAAAAAAGAGAAAAUCAGAGACUUUUUGGAUUGUCUGUGGGACAUUUUAAACAUUUGUGACAUAUUGGAUUUUAAACAUUUCGGAUAUUGGAUACCUGUGUUGAUUUAUCCACAGAGCUGGUCGCUUUUUAAAAUCACAGGGGUAAGUGACUAUUAUAAAUUGUUUUGAUGUUGUUUUAAACUUGUGUUCUUGUUAUAUUUUUUUUUCAUCGUUUAUAUAAUCCGUUUUUAUAUUAAUUUUGGUUUAGAGUUUUUCAUUGUUUUAAAUAUAUUGCUUUACUGUUGUUUUAAACUUGUGUCCUUAAUACCUAUUGGUUUAUUUUUUUCAUCGUAAUCCGUUUUUAUACUCAUUUUGGUUUAGAGUUUUUUUCAUUGGUUUAACUAUAUUGUUUGUUUUUGGUUUAGUUUUAUUGUGUUUACAUUGUUUGAUUAUUUGUAUAUUUUGGGGUUUCACUGUGUUUCCGAAUAUUGUUGUAAAAUGGCCCAAAAACGUAAUUCGGACUCUGGUUGUAGUCAUGCGAAUAAAAUUAUAAGGCGCAAUGAAUCCCCGCUUGGUAUAUUUGAUUACGAAUUGGGAAUGCAAAUACUGAUAGAAACUGUCAGAGCUAUGAAUGGAAAUCAACGUAAUUCAGCCGAAUUCGCAGAAUUGAUAAGUAUGCUCGAUCCCAUUUCACAGACCCCUCCAGAGCCGACUAUGGUCUUAGAUCCUGAUGUUUUAAAUACGCAUCAAGUUUUUGAGGUUCCAGAAGCUGGAUUUAUCAAUAAUCAAAUUGAACCAGAGGCUCCAGUCGUUGAUCUAAACGACGGGGCAUCCGAGAAUUUACAUGCUCAACACGGUGGUGAGGGGUCGGCCGACCCCCACCACAAUUCUGAAAUGGCUGAUAUGGGUCUAACGUCCGAAGACGUUGAGAGGCUUGUGAGAGACGGGGGUGAAUUUAAUGGUUAUACCGUCGUUCCUCGUACAAGAUUUAACAGUGUGGAAAUACUUAGGAGUUUAAAUCUGAGGGCAAUAGCUUCUACAGAUAUGGCGUCGUACGUGCUAUUUUUGGAUAGUGUUCUGAAUGAAAUAGUCUCUCUAUCUAGAAUAUUAGGGGGGUCAGGUGGAAUAAUAAAUGUUUUAUUACGCGGAGAGUCAUUAAUGUCGGAUAUAAAUGCGAUGCUUACGCCCGCUAACGAUUAUAGCGUCUCCGCGCUGUCAGACCAGCUUGAAAGAGUCAUGCAAAGCAACAGGGCCGUGCGCGUUGAUGACAAUCUAAUGUUAAACGUAUCUAUUGUCAGAAGCAAAAACGGUGGUGGGCGCAGAAAAUUCAGCGAUCUAGCACACAAUGAGGUUAUAAAAAGAAAUAGAAUGAAUCUUUUUUGCCCCACAAAUAUGUCCGACAAGCUAUGCUUUGCACUUUGUCUGGCACACUUUUUGAACCCCCAAAAAACAGACCCUGAAUUAAUACCCAUAGCUGCUGACAUUCAAAAGAAGGCUGGAUUUUCAAUCCAAGACAUGAUACGAUUUAAUGACGUCGCGUUGUUUGAGAGAUUGCUAAACAUCAAAAUUGUAGUUUUUCACAGAUCAAGCACUGGUGGUUUGGAAAAAUACAUGACAAAAAACAAGCCCCACUACAAGACGGUGUUUCUCUAUCUGUCCGAUAGUCAUUACUUCAUGAUAAAAAGUUUGACAGCAUUUAUCGGAUGCAAUUACGUCUGCGACUAUUGCUACAAUGGUUUUUCUAAUAAAAGAGAUCAUAAAUGCAGAUACGCAUGUGACAUUUGCAAUGCCCCCGACUGUUACAAACACACGGCGAAGACGAUACACUGCGCUGAUUGUUUGAGGUAUUGCAAAUCAGAAUAUUGUUAUGAAAUGCAUAAAAAACCUCCGCUGAAUCAGCAGUUUGCUCAGUGUGAUGUGACCAAAUACUGUCCAACAUGUAAUCGACGCUAUUACAUUAGCGGUAACAAACCAAAAGCGCACAAAUGCACCGCGGAGAAGUGCCUGCAUUGCGGCAUGGAGAUGAUACCCGAUGCUCCUCAUCAAUGUUUUAUUCAGCCCCUAAGGCUAGAGAAACCCAGUGAGAAGUACAUCUUCUAUGAUUUUGAGACGCGUUACGAGGGUGGCAAGCAUGUUGCAAACUUUGUUUGCGCCCUCACUUUUGCGGGUGAAGAAUUCACAGCAGAGGGCCCCGACUGCGUCGCACAACUCGUGCAGAGAUUCAGACACCCUAGGUACAACGACUACACAUGGAUAGCCCACAACGCUUCUGGCUUUGACAAUUUUAUUCUUUUGGAAUAUUUCACAAAAGUGGGGCUCACUCUUAAAAUCACGAUGCAGGGAUGUCGUCUGAUAUUUAUGUUUGACGAAAGCUACAAGCAAAGAUUUAUCGAUAGCUUCUCAUUUCUCCCAAUGAGUCUAGCCAAGACAGCAUCUGCCAUGAAUCUGACCUGUGCAGAGAAGGGCUAUUUUCCACAUCACUUUAACCGGGUGGAGAAUGAAAACUACAUAGGCCCCUAUCCGGACAAAAAAAUGUACGGAUAUGACACAAUGUCAGAGAAGGCCAGGGAACAGUUUGACGAUUGGUACAAGACCGUAGAGUGUAAAGUAUUUGACUUUAAAAAAGAGCUGGCACUUUACGGCAAGAACGAUGUUGUUUUGUUGAGAGAGGCGUGCAUGAAAUAUCGUGAUGAGUUUAUACAGUGCACCGCGCUUGACCCCUUCAGAUACACAACUCUGGCAUCGUGCUGCAUGGCCGUGUACAAGACCCAUUAUCUGGAGAGAGACACCUUAGCGCUGACGCACAACGGUGCUUAUCUGACUAAGAACAAAGCCUAUUCAAACGCAUCCAUCGAAUGGCUUGAAUAUGUCAGUCAUUCGCGAGGCGUCGAUGUCCAGCACGCGCUAAAUCGUGGUGAAAUGUCGUUCGGAUCCUACCAUGUGGAUGGUGCUUUCCAGAAAGAUGGUCAAACUUAUAUUUUGGAGUUCCUAGGAUGCUUGUGGCACAGUCAUACUUGCAAAUAUAAUGAAUAUGAUAUUCAUCCUGUGACAAAAUUGACGCACGCUGUACACAGAAGACAGCAUGAAGCCAAAAUGGAUGUUUUGGAGAAGUCGUAUGGGUUGAAUGUUGAGGUUAUGUGGGAGUGUGAAUGGGACGCUGCUAAGCAGUCUGAUCCUAACGUAAUAGCGUUUAUGUCCACUUACACGCACCCCGAGAGACUGAAACCCCGCGACGCUCUAUUUGGCGGACGCACUAACGCGUACAAACUUUACCAUAAAGCCGCCGAAGGUGAGAAAAUCAGAUAUGUCGAUUUUACAAGUCUGUAUCCCUUCUGUCAGGCCAAGAAGUGCUACCCGAUAGGACAUCCCCAGAUAAUUUUAAAGGAUUUUGAACCCCUUGAAAAUUAUUACGGGCUUAUCAAAGCAUCAGUGUUACCCCCAAGAAACCUGCUGCACCCCGUGCUCCCAUACAGAGCCAAUAAUAAACUGAAUUUCCCUCUCUGCGCAACCUGCUGUGAGCAGCAGAAUCAGUCUACCCCCUGCGAUCACACAGAUGAGCAGCGAACGCUUUCAGGGUGUUGGGUAAGUCUCGAGCUGUUAAAGGCUAUCGAGAAGGGUUACAUUGUGACAAAAGUGGACGAAGUGUGGCAUUUCCCCCAAUCCUCAGAAACCUUGUUUUGUGAAUAUGUCAAAACAUUUUUACAAUACAAGCAAGAGGCCAGUGGGUACCCCGCACACGUAGUGACAGAUCAGGAUAAAGAUGCCUACAUUGCUGAUUACUUUGAGAAAGAGGGGAUACAAAUGAAUCCUGAUAAGAUAAGCCUUAACCCCGCGAGACGAUCUAUCAAUAAGCUGCUGCUAAACAGUUUGUGGGGUCGUUUUUCUAUGAGAGAAAAUAUGCCCACCACAGUGUUGCUUUCAGAUCCGGAAGAGUUUACGAGAUACAUUUUUGGCAUGGCGUACGAGAUUAAACACUUUUCGUUUGUGUCAGACAACGUAGCUCUAGUGCAAUGGAUCCAUCCGAACGGCAAAGGCUCGCGCACGCGUGACAUAAACAUAUUUCUCGGCGCCUUUACCACAGCUCACGCGCGUCUAGAGUUGUAUGAUCUUAUGGACAGGCUGAAUGAACGUGUACUUUACAGCGAUACCGACAGCGUGAUUUUCACGUCUAAAGACGGCGAGUGGGACCCUCCGCUGGGGCCGUAUCUAGGUAAUCUGACUGAUGAAAUUGGGGAUGAUGAUUUUGCGGUCGAGUUUGUAUCGUGCGGUCCAAAAACAUACGCUUACCGUACCGCAAAGGGGCGUUCUGUCCUAAAGGCCAAAGGCAUCGUGCAAAAUUAUACAAACUCCCAAAUUAUCACAUUAGACACACUGGUUGAUCUUGUCCGUGAUUAUGUUAAUGAGGGUGAUCGUGACAGGCACGUGCUAGCUUCUGCUGACAGCAUUGUGAGGAAUAAAAGACACCUCACGCUCCACAACAAGACAGUUGUGAAGAAGUUUAAACUCGUAUACAACAAGCGAGUAAUAAACAAAGAAAAUCUGACGACGUUACCGUAUGGAUUCUGAUAACGUUUUUGGGCAUAAAGGUGCCAGGGAUGCUAAAGACCAUGACUUUAGGCUACAGCAUCCAUUCUCUUUAAUUGUAGCGGGGCCAUCCAACAGUGGGAAAUCAAUCUUUGUUAAGAUGUUGUUGGAAAAUGCUGUAAAUUUGAUUUCUGAAAAGAUUGAGAAUAUUGUAAUUAUAUAUGAAUGUUGGCAAAAAAUGUAUGAAGAAAUAUCAAGAAUGUACAAAAUUAAAUUCAUUGAAGGGAUUCCACAGACUCUGAAUGAUGAUCAUUUGUUUCCUGUUAAUAAAACA